AUGGCAUUAGUAGAGGCAGGAGAAUCUAUCGCCUUGGACCCUAGCCCUGGGUUCGUAGUCAAGACAAGGAUCCUUGAGUCCAAGAAAGAUUCGCUCGGCACCAAGGUGUUCAUCAACGUGUGCCACGAUGCCCAGGUACCCCAGCCACCAGUGGAGUUCGAGCCGUCGGUGGUGUUUCCGUUGAUCAUCGACAACCAGUGGGAGAUCCCGCUCAUCUUGUCGAGCGAGAAGGACACCACCGACAAGAAGGGGGUGGUUUCGCGGUUGUACGACUGCUGCAUCAACACCACCUGUUUCCAGUGGUGCCAGAUCAACGCAGACUUGCGGACCAUCUUAAUCGAGUGGUGCAUCGAGGCAGUAGAGAUGUUGUACGAGGUGACGUUGGAGCGGGAGUACACCAUACCCAAGAUGCUUUGCAAGGGCGAGCUCUCGCGGACCGUGGUCAGACAGGACGAGUUGACAGAAAACGGGUUCCAGAAGAGGCUACAGGAGUUGAAGAACAACGAGACGCUCGGAUUGCUCCAGGAGCUCGACGGAGGGGACACAGACGAGCUGGAGGAGUUGCCAGACUUGAUGAACGUGAGUGGGGAGCAGAGACGGCCCCUUAUCGAGGAGUUGGGGGAGAUGAAGAUCAGCGAGGAGAUCCAGGAAGUGCAGAGCAAGGGCCAGGGGAUCUCCACCAGCAAUAGCCAGGGAAUUUCCACCACCAAAAGCCAGGAUCCUUCCUCCACCACUCCUGCCACACCCCUCCACUACGAGCUCAACUACACUAAACUCUCCUCCACCUACCAAUUACUCAUCAAGCUCGUGUGCUCCCAUAUCAGUGCCCUCACUUUGGGCUACAGCACUACUAACCACUGCUUGGUGUUAACUCUCCAUGACCCCUCCGUGUACUUCUCCAAAAAGUCCCCGCACGCCUUGGAGGUCCCUCUCCCUAACACCAUCCACCUCCAGUCGGCUGCCGACGUCAAGUCCUACUGGGUGGGCGACACCCUCUACAUCUUCUGUUAG